CUGCUGCUGCUGCCGUAGGGCUGGCUGUGUGACUACAACAACUUGCACCCACCUCGUCUGACACACACAACCACUGUCGACGUCGCGAACCCCUUUUACACCAACAAUUGGGAUCACCAUCCCUUUAUUCUCCCUCCCCAAGGAAUCACACACACAGCGGGAGCGGGCUCACAAUUACAAUCACAGCCACCACCACCACAGCGUAUACCCGCCACCAUGGCCGACGUCGAGGAGCCAAAGUUCAACACCCUCGCAGAGCGCAUCGCCGCCCUCAACCAGCAAAAGAACUUCACCGCACCGCCCCCCGUCACCAAGCGCCCUCCUCCCCCGCCCCCGCCCGCCGCAAAGACCAAUGGCUCCUCCGCGGCCGUCACGGCAACAACACCAAAGCCAUCACCAGUCGUGCCCUCCCGGCCCCAGAAACGAGAACCCCCUGCUCUCCCACAGCGUACAAACACGUCCUCCUCCGUGGCGUCUGUGACAAGCACAUCCUCGACAAAGAAUGGCACCGCGCCCCCAGCCCUCCCCGUACGAUCCAAUACUCUCCAGCCGUCUCCAGCCCUGCCGCCACGGCGGCCGUCGGGCCAGCUCUCGAAUGGCGAUCGCCGGGGCUCCAAUGCCUCUGACGUCUCUCACAUCUCGACCGUCUCAACAUAUUCGCUCGGCAGAGCCUCCACACAUGCCAGCACCGUCUCCAACGAUGCUCCCCAACCGAGACGGGGGCUCCCGCCAACGCUCGACCAGGCAAAACUGCCACCGCUGCCACCCUCUAGAAAAGAACGAGAGGCCGAGGCCGCACGGAUAGCCGCCGAAAACUUCGAAAAAGACCCCCCUGCCCGGCCGAACGGGUCGCUCGUCUCCAUCAAAUCCGCGCCCAUCCUGCCGGCGUCAAGACCAGGCCUACCACCGCGGUUGCCCUCACGCCCGGCCAAGUCGCCCACGCCAGCACAGGACAAUGUACAGGAUGCCGGCGGGCCACGCCGCCUGCCGCCCCCGGCUACAUCCUUUGUGCGACCCAAGACGACAUUCGAAAGCUCCCGGCCCCUCAUGGCCCGCCCGAACGCUAUGCCCGCGAGUGACGCGCCUCCACCACCGGUGCCUACAAGCUCACGACCCACGACGCAGCAGGUGGAAGCCGUGGCCGCCAAGGCUGCCGCCAUGAAGGCCGCCACGUGCCUCGUCUGUCGCGACUUUUCUCGUCCGGACGCAGUGGCUGCCCAGUUCCCAAGCGACUCGCUCCCCCGACAAGACCCGAUUGGGUACCUGGCCAAUGUGCUGUGUGGUUCCUUCCCCUCCCAGACGGACAAGGCGCGCGCCAUCUUCACGUGGUGUCACCACAACAUUGCGUACGACGUCGAAGGAUUCUUUGGCGGGUGCAUCCAGCGGGGCACGCCAGAGGAGACCAUCUUCCGCGGCAAGGGCGUCUGCUCAGGGUAUGCCGAUGUCUACAAGGCCAUCGCCGACCGGGCGGGCCUCCAAUGUUUGGUGGUUGGCGGCCACGGCAAAGGGUACGGCCACACCCCGCUCAAGGACGGCGAGCAGCCGCCCGCGGAGAUGGACUCGAACCACGCCUGGAACGCCGUAGUCAUCGACAACAAUGAGUGGAAGCUGCUCGACUCGUGCUGGGGCGCCGGCAACGUCGGCAACCAGCAGUACACCAAGGCUUUCAAACCCGAAGAGUUCACGCGGACCAAUGAGCAGUUUGGCCUCAAGCACUUCCCCCAGGACAGCGCGCACCACUUCCGCUCGGACGGCACGGUCCCGACCUGGCGCGAGUACAUGCUGGGCCCGCUCGGUGCGGAGCCCGUGAGCUGGUAUGGUAUCGGCACGGGCGAGGGCAUCUCCGAGUACACCCUGGAGCCUAAGCGGAAGCACAUUUCCGUGUAUAGCGGAGAGACGGUGCGGUUCCAGGUCUCCAAGGUCUGCGAGCACUACGACUUUGCGCGGAACGGCAAGGGAAAGCCGCUGCUCAUGCUCAUAGACAUCCAAGGCGUUGAUGGGCGCAAGGAAGACUAUGUUCCGUUCCAGACGGACGGCUUCUGGUGGUGGGUUGACAUCCCGGCGCGGGACCUGGGUGCCCCCGGGCAAAAGGUCGGGUUGCGGGCCCUGAGUGAGGUUGAAGGUAAGGACGCGCGCGGCGUCACCAAGGAGGAGUACUUUUCCAGGAUCCACCACAAGAAGAUGACGAAAUGGAUUUAUUACUGCCAGUGGGAGCUGGUGUGAGCAGGACAGAGCAUGGUUGGUGCGAAGGGGCAGGAAUGGUUUGCUGGGCAUGCACAUAUUACAUCAUAAGCGAUGUUGGUUGGUAAUUUAUAAUGAGAUAUAUGAUUGUCAUGAUGGCAUGGCGUUGCGUCUUUCCUUCUAUUUUCUUUUUUUGCGUGACCAACAUGACGCUGGGUCAGAGAGUAGAAAGUCUCGUUAUG